AUGUUCUUCUCAACCUACGUGCUCACGAAGAAGGGCCCGCUCGCCAAGGUUUGGCUCGCCGCGCACUGGGACAAGCGACUCACCCGCCAUGAAGUGAAGGUGGUCGACCUCAGUCAGACUAUCCUCCACAUUGUCCGCCCUGUCGUCCCGAUCGCCCUGCGCACGUCCGGUGAACUGCUCGUCGGUGUCGUGCGCAUCUACGCACUGAAGGUGAAGCACCUGCUGAAGGAGGCGACCGAGGCGACGCUCUUCUUGCGUGUGACGACUCUCGCGACGAAGGGCAGCAAGGCUGGUGUCGCCAGUCAGCACCGCACCACCUCGAUCGACGGCGUCGUGGUGCCCGUGAAGGGCAGCGAUGUCGAGGCCGUGACGUUUGACUGGAACGCCGAUGUCGCCGCGAAGCACGGCGCGGCGGCAGACACUGCCGAGGCUCUUGGCGAGGGCCGUUUUAAUGCCAUCGCUGAUCUGCUGGGAAACAGCCACCGCAUCGAAGUCUCCGACACAGACAAGGAGGAUGCCCUCCUGGCGUCGGCGUGGUACACAGUGCAGCCAACGUCGCAGGCGGCAGGCGACGAGCUUCACACCAUGCAGCAGGACUACGACGAGAUCGCUAAGAUGCGGGCAGACUUGAUGGCCUUCGGCGAGCGCGCCAGUGGGAGCGGCAGUGGCAGUAAGAGCAAAUCGAGUCUGUCGAGUAUGGAGAAGGGUCGUGGCAGCGUUGCCGUUGAUGUGGACGGCAUGGCGUUCCCCGCUGUCGGCGAUGAGCUGGAUAUUGGCGUCCCGCUCCCUGACGAGCUACCGCCGGGCUUCCCUGCUCUGGACGGGCAGGUGCCGACGGGCAUGAUACCAGCCGAUCCGUUCCUGCUGCCGGAUAUGAUGAUGAACAUGGAUGAGGCGGCGGUGGCGGUGCAGCAGUCACGUCCAGGCCGAAAGAUGCGGCCGGUGAACGUGUGCGACCUCGACUCCACGACGCUAUCGCGCGAGGCCUUCGAGAAGUGCAUGGCAGACCGUAGCGACAUUCUUAACAGCGAGCCGCGCCGUGGCCCCUACGACGCGCAGGAGGAGGCUGACCGCUACACCGUGAGGGGGUCCGCGAACACGGCGAACGCGGUUGCUGCCAACCCCGCGAUGGACGCGGCGCCUCUCUCGGGGGUUCUGAACCCGGCGCUUCGCCUCGCAUACGCGGCAGCCCUGCGGGAGAGCGCCGAGAAAGCUGUCGCGAUGGCGGCGCAGGCGUUUCGGGAGUCGACGGCGCGGCGAAGCGAAGUCCCUGCUGGCGUCGGGGGCAUCCUCGAGGCGGACGAUGCGCAGGUUGCCGCGGCGGAUCUGGACGGCAGCGCCAUGCUGCUGCCGGAGGAGGAGGUGGCGCAGCAGCGUCGCAAGCGCGGCCGCGACGACGGUGACGGAGUCGAUGACUCAACGAUGGCUGCAGGUGUGUCGGCCAGUGUUCAGCAGACGCUGGAGCGCAUUCGAAUGGAGCUCUCGGUGCGCGCUGCGCGUGACCGCAAGAAGCCCCGCACGCAGUCGGCUGCCUCUCUCGUUGGUGCAAGCUGCGCGUUGCGGGAGGUGUGCCGUGGUCUGCGCCGUCGCGAUGCCGCACGCACGUUUGUGGACGUCCUCGCACUGGCAUCGAAACAGUACGUUAGCGCACAGCAGGCGCCGGGGUCUGAUGAGGUGCAGGUGACCCUGAACGAGUCGGCCCUGGGUCUAUUGGCUGCGGCGUGA